AUGAAAGCAAACUUUGCUCAACACCUGUCUAUAUAUAUUGCAGGUUUCAGUGGCUGCCCAGCUGAUCCGUUCUCUUUAUUGCCUGGCAAGAAAGAAGUGUCACAGAUCAUGGCUCCUUGGCCUGAGGUAGAAAAGCCUGAAACCAAUAACUAUAUUGGGGAUUCUUCCAAACAAAACCAGAACGUGCCUGGAAAAGAAGGAGAAAACCACAAAGGCAAUGUAGCGUCACUUGGAAAUAAAGGGGAAAUUCAACCUGCAUUUUCCACAAUAGCCUUGAUAGAUGAGACAAGACCAGAAGAUGACCCAUGGGCUCUGCCAGAACUGCAGGACACUGGGGUCAAGUGGUCAGAACUGGAUAGAAAAGGGAAAAUCAUUCGUAUAUUGUACGGGAUAGGGAAGUUUAUUAUCUUGCUUGGAUUGCUCUACUUGUUCGUGUGUUCCCUGGAUGUGCUGAGCUCUGCUUUUCAACUGGUAGGAGGUAAAGCAGCAGGGGACAUUUUUCAAGAUGACUCCGUGUUGUCUAAUCCAGUUGCAGGACUGGUGAUUGGGGUUCUGGUGACCGUUAUGGUCCAGAGCUCCAGCACUUCUUCGUCCAUUGUGGUCAGCAUGGUGUCUUCCACGUUGCUGACUGUUCAAUCAGCUAUUCCCAUCAUAAUGGGGGCAAACAUUGGCACUUCAGUCACAAACACAAUUGUGGCACUCAUGCAAGCUGGGGACAGGAAUGAAUUUAGAAGGGCCUUUGCUGGAGCUACAAUCCAUGAUUUCUUUAACUGGCUUGCAGUGUUUGUGUUGCUGCCCAUUGAAGUUGUUUCCGGUUAUCUUUACCAUCUCACCAAUGUUAUAGUUGAGUCUUUUCGUCUUGAAAGUGGUGAGGAUGCCCCUGAGCUACUAAAAGUUAUCACAGACCCUUUUACAAAGCUCAUCAUUGAGCUUGAUAAAUCGGUAAUAAAUGCAAUUGCUACAAAUGAUGAAUCUGCCAAAAACAAAAGUCUGGUAAAGAUUUGGUGCGUAACUGAAACCAAUAUGACCCUGCAGAAUGUCACAAUACCACCUUUAGAAAACUGCACAUCUCCUGAACUUUGCUGGACUGAAGGAAACUUGACGUGGACCAUCAAAAAUGUAUCUGAAACAGAAUAUAUUAGCAAAUGCCACCAUCUCUUUGCAGAAGCAAACCUGCCUGAUCUUGCCAUUGGUCUCAUCCUUCUGGCUUUGUCCCUGCUCGUUCUGUGCUCCUGUUUGGUGAUGAUCGUUAAGCUAUUAAACUCUGUGCUUAAAGGACAGGUGGCGAGCGUUAUCAAGAAGACAAUCAACACUGAUUUCCCAUUUCCUUUUACUUGGCUAGCUGGAUACUUGGCUAUGCUUGCAGGGGCUGGGAUGACCUUCGUUGUCCAAAGUAGUUCUGUUUUCACAUCUGCUAUUACACCUCUUGUUGGCAUUGGUGUUAUAAGCAUUGAGCGUUCUUAUCCCCUUACCUUAGGAGCUAAUAUUGGUACAACCACAACAGCUAUACUUGCAGCUUUAGCAAGCCCAGGAAGUACAUUAAAAUAUUCAUUACAGAUUGCCCUGUGCCACUUUUUCUUCAAUGUCUCUGGGAUUAUUCUGUUUUACCCGCUGCCUUUUACCCGGCUACCAAUCCGCAUGAGCAAGACCUUGGGAAACAUAACAGCCAAGUACAGAUGGUUUGCUAUAUUUUAUCUUCUCAUCUGCUUCUUUCUUUUGCCUUUGUUUGUAUUUGGUCUGUCACUGGCGGGCUGGCCAGUCCUUUUGGGUGUUUGCCUUCCCCUGCUUGCUUUUUGUAUUGCUGUGAUUGUAAUUAACGUUAUGCAGUCGAGGAAGCCACAUUCACUGCCUGAGAAGCUCCAAAACUGGGAUUUCCUGCCCAUCUGGAUGCACUCCCUUGAGCCCUGGGACAAUAUGAUAAUGUCUACGCUCUCCUUUUGUGGGAAACACUGUUGCGGCUUCUGCAAGUGCUGCAAAGUCAAUGCAGAACAGGAGGGUGCCAAAGACAAGCAGCUAAAAACUAUGGAGGUUUAUGAAAACACCAUUGCGAUGGCUGAUGAAGAAAGAGGUAUAAGAAGGGCACCACCUGCGGCUUGUGUUGAAAAGACAGGCACAAAUAACACAGCCUUAUAGUAGUGGAUCAUCCCGUAAUAGCAGAGAUACAGCAUAGGACAGUAAGGCUCUUGAAAACCAGCUUGGACAAUGGGCACU